UUGUAUUAUGUUGGAUAUUUAAUUAUAAUUAUUUUUAUUUUACAAUCUGUAGCUUUUUUUACUUUGUUGGAACGGCAUUUUUUAGGUGGCUCUCAAUGUCGUCUGGGCCCUAAUAAGGUUGGGUAUUUAGGAAUGUUUCAGGCUUUAUUUGAUGGACUAAAAUUAUUAAAAAAAGAACAGUUAUUACUUUGUUUUUCUUCUUGAUUGUCUUUUUUAUUUAUACCUGUAUUAGCAUUUAUUUUGAUGAUUUUUUUUUGGUUUACUUUACCAUAUUUUUUUGAUUUUAUUUCUUUUGAGUAUUCCGGUAUUUUUUUGUUUUGUUUAAUGGGAGUUUCUGUAUAUUUUAUUAUAUUGUCUGGUGUAUUUAGUGGUAGGGGCUAUUCUUUUAUUGGGGGAUUGCGUGCUUGUGCUCAAAGAUAUUCUUAUGAGAUUGCUUUUUCUGUGUAUUUAUUAAUUUUUUUGUUAUUUAAUAAAAGAUUUUGCUUAUGUAGUAGGUUUUGUUUGUUUUUUUUUUAUAUUUUUUUCCUUUUUUUUGUUUGAUUCUAAUUGAUUUGUAUCGAGCUUCUUUUGAUUUUUCUGAAUGUGAAAGUGAAUUAGUUAGUGGAUUUAAUGUUGAGUAUUCUAGUGUUGGUUUUGUGGGUGCAUUUUUAGGAGAAUAUGGGAAUUUGUUAUAUUUUAGUUGUUUGACUUCCAGUUUGUUUUUUGGUUUUUUUAUUUUAUUAUUUGUAUCAUUGUUUUUUCUCGUAGAUCAUACCCGCGUCUUCGUUUUGAUUUUUUAAUGUGAAUAUGUUGAUUUUUGUUUUUACCAAUUGGGUUUUAUAUGUUUGGGUUGUCUUUUAUUAUUUUUAU